AGAAGCUCAAGUUGCAGCAAAAAGCUCAGAUUGAUGUGAAAAACAAGUUUGAAGGCGUUUGGAGGCUGUCCAAUCUCGGCGUCUCGGUUCAUACAGAUCCUGGCAAAGAUUUCCUCGACGUUUCCGAUGCUUUGCUUCAAGAAAUCGCUAAAGUUCUUGACUUUCCGGUCGCUUCCAUGUUGCCGCCAGAAGCAUUUACUGUUGUUAGAAAAUCUUUUGAUGCCCGCAAGUGGACCUGCGGGCUUGUUUGCUUCCCUGGUGCUUGCUGAAUUUGGUGCUGAUGUUACGUUACUUGAAAGAGGGAAAGCUGUUGAGCAGUGGGGGCGUGAUAUUGGUGCUUUGGUAGUUCGAAGGAUGUUAGAAGGAGAAAGCAACUUUUGCUUUGGGGAGGGUGGUGCAGGUACUUGGAGCGACGGGAAGCUAGUUACUAGAAUUGGUAGAAACAGUAGUGCCGUUUUAGCUGUUUUGAAGACAUUGGUUCAAUUUGGCGCUCCAAAGAAAAUUUUGGUCGAUGGAAAGCCUCAUCUUGGAACUGAUAAAUUGGUUCCACUACUUCGAAACUUUCGGCGCCACCUACAAGAAUUGGGUGUUACAAUCAAGUUCGGGACGAGGGUUGAUGAUCUACUUGUAGAGGACGGAUACGUGGCGGGAGUCAAGGUCUCCGAUUCAAGUGACAGCCAACGGUCUAUCAGUCAGAAGUUGGGAUAUGACGCAGUUGUUUUAGCAGUUGGGCAUUCUGCUCGUGACACAUACGAAAUGCUUCUUUCUCAUAAUGUGAACCUUGUCCAAAAAGAUUUUGCGGUUGGUUUUCGUGUGGAGCACCUGCAAGAAUUAAUAAACACCGUACAGUAUUCGGAAUUAGCCAGCGAGAUUAAUAGCAGACAUGGGAGAGUUCCGGUUCCUGCAUCGGGACCAACCGGGCGUAGCUGUUACUCGUUUUGUAUGUGUCCUGGUGGCCAGGUCGUUCUCACAAGUACAAAUCCUUCAGAACUCUGUAUCAAUGGCAUGUCGUUUUCUGGAAGAUCAUCUAGGUGGGCAAAUGCUGCACUUGUGGUCACUGUCUCGCCAAAGGACUUUGCUGCUUUAAGUUUAAACGGACCCCUUGCUGGAGUCGAGUUUCAGAGAAUGUUUGAACGAAGGGCAGCUGUGAUGGGUGGGGGGAGUUUUGUUGUACCAGUGCAAACCGUGACUGAUUUUCUUGGCAACAAAGCAUCAGGUUGAGUUUUUUUCUAUCUUUUUUCAUCGCCAUGAGUUAAAGGAUAUCUUGUGCCACUAGUCUUCUUAAAUUGAUACUCUAUC